ACAUUCAUGUUUACGAUAAAUUUUCCAUUCAUCCAUGUGAUGUUCGUAAAAUAUUCUAAUUACAAACAUUCGAUUUAAAAACGAAAUGUCUUCGAUUUUAAAUCAAGAAUCGAUCGAAAAAAUUAUCGAACUUUGUUCGAAUAAAUCGCUUUAUAUUUGUUUUACAUGUAUCAUAAGAUAUUCAAAUUUACGUGAAAUAUUCAUGUUAAAUGAUCAUAAUGAUCUUUUAACAUUUUGUAAAGAGCGUUUAUCCAAUAAAAAUUUGUUGAACAUUCUUGAAAAACGAUUUAUUAAUGAUGAAAACAAGCUAUGUCAAUCAUGUCUUGAUCUAUUAAAUGCUGAAUAUAUGAUGAUUAAAGCCAAAGAAAUUGCUGGCCAUGUAUCGACUACUAAGUUCACUAUCGAUGAAUUUCAAUUACAUAUCUGUCUGCCAUUCAUAUUGACAUUACGCCAUCUUUAUUUUUGCAAAUUAUUUGAAUUAAAUCCUGAAAAAGUUAUUAAUGUUAAAGAUGUGAUCAAAACAUUUAUUACAAUUCCGAUUGAAAAAGCUAUUCAAGCACAACAUUCGACUACGGGUAAUUAUGUGAUAGAAUUGAAAUUCGAUCAUUCUCAAUCAACAAUGGAAUGCGAAAAACUCAUGCAAACAUGUCAACGAAAUGUUUUUAGUCCAAAAAGAUUUAAAUCUUCAUCAAUCGUUAAUCAUGCUGCUAUAUGUCGUCUAUUUGAAAAUCCAAAUAAUCAAAUUGUUAAACAAUUUGAAUUGGCAUCGAUCGAAACCGUUUGCACAUUGGAUGUUUGCAUCAGUCGAGAACCGAUUUAUAUUGCUGGGCGAUAUCGGAAAUUAUCACGAAAUUUAUCUCAAACUCCAUGGUUCGUUAAUGAUGGUAAUCGUUUUAAAUCUUCUGUACAGGAGAAAAUUUUUUCUGGUGUCACUGCCUAUAUCAAAUAUAGUGAUAUUAAAUUCAGUUCAUCAGGCCGCGAAGAUGUUGAUGUUAGAAUGUUAGGAACCGGUCGACCAUUUUUGAUUGAAAUAAUCAAUCCACAUUGGUCAAAUGAUGAUAAUAAUAUUAUUGCAAAAAUAAAAGAAUUUAUUAAUCAAACACAUCAAGAUGUGCAAGUAAGGGAUUUACAAUUUGUACCACGAAAUGAAAGUCAAAAAUUGUUGAAAGAAGGGGAACAAGAAAAAUCAAAAACAUAUCAGGCAAUCUGUUGUAUUGAUAGACCAUUUACAGAGAGCGACAUGAACAUAUUAAAUUCAGUGAAGGAUUUGGUCAUCUGUCAAACAACACCUAUACGUGUACUACAUCGACGUACAUUAUCCGAUCGUCAUCGUACAGUUCAUUCGAUUUCGGCUCGACCAUUAAAUGUUGAUGAAUUAAUUGAUCCAGAAUGGAAAGAAUUCCUAUCACAUAUGUUUUGCAUCUCUAUUGUUACCGAAGCUGGUACCUAUAUAAAAGAAUUUGUUCAUUCCGAUUUCGGUCGCACACGACCGAAUAUUGGUUCAUUAUUGGGAAAUUGUCGUGCCGAUAUUAUCAGUUUAGAUGUUUUGGAAGUUAAAUUGGAUUGGCCUAAAGUUAUUGAUAAUUGAACAAUUGACUAAAUCAUCUAAUUAUUGUGAGGCUAAAUCGCUAAAUUUGAAUUCGGUAAAUAUCUUUGAAAUGGUAACUUCUUUUAUGAAAAGUGCCAUAUAUUCCACGUGACUAUU